AUGGAUACUCUCAAAACCUUGUUCCGCGGGACUAGAAAGACUUCCAAGAGCUCUGGGCUCAAUGCCAACAACGCUCAGCUCCCCUCUGCGGGCACCAAGACCAAUCCUCAGCUAUACCAUGAUGAAAUCCGUGGCAUGAAAAAAAGGAAACGUGGCGCCGAGCAGGCCGAGAACCCAGUGCCUACAGAACUUCCUGUUGUCGACUUCUUCGCGCCCAAACCAGAGGCCGCCGAAAAUCAAAAGGCUGAAACCAAAAAGAGCCAGCGAGAACCUAGUCCACCACCUGUGGCUACCAAGAAAUUGACCGAGGACGAAUGCCGACAACUUUUGCGAUCGCAUCGCCUCAAGAUUACGCUGCUCUCAAAGCACGAAGAGCAGAAGAAGGUGAAGAAGUCAAAGAAGAAGAAGAAGACGGUCAUUGAGGGGAAAAAGGACGAGAAGAAGCAGUUAUUUCCUCAGCCCCUGGAGUCCUUUGGCCACCUUCGCACUACAUAUGGGAUAUCCCGCCAAAUUGCGGAGAAUCUUGUCCAGCAGAGCUACCGUCUUCCUACAGAAGUGCAAAUGGGUAGUCUCCCGUUACUGCUUCGCCCCGAGGUUGCUCUCGGCAACGAGGAGAAUCUGGAUCAUGGUGUUGAUUUCUUGGCUGUUGCACCCACGGGCAGCGGCAAGACAGUCAGUUUUCUCAUCCCCACAAUCAACAGCAUCAUUCGGAGACGAGCGCAAGCAGACAUACAAGGUGUUCAUGAGCUCGAGGCUGUAAUUAUCGCACCGACGAGAGAAUUGGUUCAUCAGAUUGUCAAUGAGGGCCGCAAGCUUGUACAGCGAACCGGUGUUAAGAUUGUGGCUAUGAGGAAGACUACACAACUCUCUGCAGAGGAGCAGGUCCUAGCAGACGAUAGCUCGGAUGACGAGCUCGAUGGGGAGGACGACGAGGAAUCAGAGUCCGACGAUGAUAAGAAGCGCGGGGCCAGGACAUCUAAACCCCAUCCUCUUACAAAAACAGACAUUCUGGUUACGACGCCAGCAUUGCUGCUAAACUUUUUGACUGCUGGAUCUAGCGGCACGCAAAAGGUUUUGCCGACAGUCAGGGAGCUUAUUCUUGACGAGGCAGACGUUCUCCUGGACCCGUUGUUUAGAGAGCAAACGCUGAGCCUGUGGACGGCUUGCACCAACUCCGGACUUCGACUGUCGUUCUGGUCUGCAACAAUGGGCUCAAACAUUGAAGCUCUGGUCACCGAAAAGCUGAAGGACAGGGCAGAAGCCCUGGGUAUUACACCAAAGCCCUUUAUCCGUCUCGUAGUAGGCUUGAAAGACACCGCUGUGCCAAAUGUUGUGCACAAGCUCACGUACGCGGCCAGCGAGCAGGGUAAGCUCCUUGCCCUGCGGCAGCUUCUACACCCAGCGGGCGGCGACGACUCCGGCCCGCCACUGCGACCUCCAUUCUUGGUCUUCACGCAAACAAUCGACAGAGCCAUGGCCCUCCACGACGAACUCAAGUACGACAUCCCCCUGGAAGCCGGCGGCCCGUCCAGAAUCGCUGCCCUACACAGCGCCCUCGCCGACUCGGCCCGGUCAUCCAUCAUGCGCAAGUUCCGCGCCGGGGAAAUCUGGGUUCUCAUCACCACCGACGUCCUGGCCCGCGGCGUGGACUUUGCCGGCGUCAACGGCGUGGUCAACUACGACGUCCCCGGCUCGGCAGCCGCCUACGUCCACCGUGCCGGACGGACCGGUCGGGCCGGUCGCGAGGGCGGCAUCGCCGUAACGCUCUACACAAAGGAAGACAUCCCGUUUGUCAAGACGGUGGCCAACGUCAUCGCCGUGAGCGACAAGCAGGCUGGCAGGACGGGCGACCAGGCAGGCGUGCAGAAGUGGCUGCUGGACGCGCUGCCGAAUGUGGGCAAGGACGACAGGAAGAAGCUCAAGCAGAGGGGUGUUGAGUCACGGAGGAGUGGGAGCGGGAGCAAGGCCAAGAUUACCUCGAAAAGCGGCUAUGAGCGGAGGAAAGAGAAUAACAGGCGGGGGGCGAUUGAUGCGAAUAAGAGGCGGCGGGUGGAGGGCGGUGCGCGAGACGACGCUGAAUGGGACGGGCUCGGGGAUUAG